AUGAGAAAAUUUUUCAGUCAAAAAAAUAGAAAACAACAUCAGCAACAACAACAACAGCCAUUAUCAGCAUCGGCUUUUGCAUCUCUAGGUUUUACUUCAGUUUCACAUCGUACAUUAUCACCAACGAAAAAUGACGAUGAGACAAAAAAUACGGAUGAUAUAACUAGUUCAUCCUACAGGUCACAAACACAAAAACGUCGUAAACCUCACUCAGCUCCAAAUCAUCCUUUAGCUAUUUUCUCUUCGACAACAGAAAACAUCACAAAACCAUUAAAAUUAAAGUCAACAUCGAAUGAUUCAAUAUCAUCAUUGAAAAAACAAGGAGAAGAACAAGAUGAGGUAGUAUUAGUGAAUUCUUCUAUUCAAUUUCAACAAUCACAAACAACAACAUCAUUGCCUUCUCCGACGAGAACUUCUUCAGCUUCAUUACUCAUACCUGAAUCAAUUACUGAAGAAGAUAAAUCGCCACCAACACAGACUUUAUUUUUAAAUGUUCCAGUUAUUUCAGAUGCCGAUAAAGAACUUUCAAAAUUACAUACCACGCCCGAACUUUCAUCAUCACAGACAGAUCAUUCACAAUUAAAAACGGAUGAAAGUUUUUUGAGUAUUGAAAAUGCUUGUCCAGGAAUAGAUCAGUCACUAACUAAUACAUCUUCAAAUAUUGUACGAAAACGUUCGUCAACCGGUGGUCAAUCAGUAACGCGUUAUCGUGAUUCAAAACAAAAAUUAAAUGAACGAUUAAGAAGGCGUAGUUGGAUAACAUCAAAUUUACAAUUACAAAGUGGUGGAUCACCAAUACCAUCUCCAAUGAUAUCCGUAGCUGGAAAUGAUGUUUUAUUGUCAUCCUAUAUACCAAUUUCAAAUUGUUCCACAAAUCUUGUUCGAAUAAAACGUUUAAGAUUAGGCCAAUCGGAACCAACUUUAACAUCAACACAAAUGAAUUAUUUAUUUGGAACGGCGACAAUUACAAAUACUAUAAAGAAUAAUUCUACACUAUCGCCAACACCACCAUCUCAACAACAAUAUUCAACUCAUUUUCCAUUUCCAUUAAGAAGGCCAAGUACAAAACGAUCGAAUUUAUCAAGUCUCAAUUUGAUUAAUUUAAAGUAUGCACUAAGGAAACAAUUAUCACCUCAACAAUCAACACUGUCACCUCAGCAUUUGUGUCAAACACAAUCGGAACCACAAACAACAAAAGCAGCUCUUCGAAAUACUUCUGCAACAUUUAAUUCAUCUACAUCGAGUGCAUUCAAACCUGUAACAACUUCAACAACAUCAACAACAAUGACUAUGGCAAUUCCAACAAUUGAAGAAACAAAUCGUCGUUGGUCAUUAACAUCGGCUCCUUCUUCAUCCGGUUACGGUACAACAACUCCCAUCACCUGUCAUUCAAAUCAAUCAUCUCAGUAUUCAUCUUAUGAACGUUUACAACAACAACCGUAUUGUUCGUGUUGUUCUACUGGUAGUAACGUCGGAAAAGAUCAUUCUUUUCAAAUUCCAACUUCCAUUUCUUCAUCAUCAAUUUUAAAAGAUCAGAACUGUGGUCCAGAUCAACAACAAAGAUUACAACGUGUAUUUAGUUCAAAUGAUAGUUGUAUUAGUGGAAAUAGUGGCAUGGGGUUAUUACUUGAAAACGAUGAUUAUCCAUUUAGUCAACGUUUAGAAUCACGAUCUCUGUCAAUGUCAAUGUUAGAUCCACACAUGUCAAGCCCAUUGAAAACUAAUCCAAUGGAGUCGGAUAUGAAAUCAAUGAGUCUAGUCUAUAAAGAAAGAUAUCCUAAAGCUAAAGUACAAAUGGAAGAACGUUUACAAUCAUUUAUUGAUUCGUACAAAUGUGUUGAUAAAUACGAUUAUUGUUCAGAUGGAUCAGCACGUUUCAUUCAUAAUCAAAUUAUUGAAUUAGCAAAAGAUUGUUUAGAAAAAUCAACAAAUGAUGCGGUGAAUACCAAUUAUUUUAAUGAAAUAACAGAAAAUUUAGAACGUCUAUUAUUGAAUGCUAAAGAUAAAUGUCCAAGUUUAAUAUUAAACUUACAAAAAGUUGUUAAAAGUUUACUAUUUACAAUAGCAAGAUCGGCUCGUCUAUUAGAAUGUCUUGAAUUUGAUCCAGAAGAUUUUCUUUUAGCACUUGAUGAAGUUGAAUCACAAGCAAAAUUGAUAAUUAAACAAGAUAUUCCAAAAUAUAUCUGUUCAAAAUUAAAUUUAGAUCGAAAUCCGCUUGAGAUUGAUUUGUUACAACAGGGACAAAAGGAACAUAUAAUGACUGAUGGUCAGAUGAUGCAAAGUGAGAAUGGAAAAAGUAAUAAUUAUGAAACAGGAAAAUCUUUCUUUACACCUUAUUUACGAUCAACAAUUGAAGAAUCUGCUACAAAUUCAACAGAAACGAACAAUAAUUCAUCAUCCUCUUCAACUGAUUUAAAUUAUAUGACAAUUACUGCCUCAAAUAAUACAUUUUCUACUGCAUUAUUCAGUACUCCUACAUCUAUUAGUCGAGGAUCAAUUGAACAUACAUUUUCUAGUAAACCACUGCCACAACAACAACAACAACAACAACUACAAUUAAAAGUUCCAUGUGAAGAUGAUUUUGAAGUCAUAAAAUUAAUUUCCAAUGGAGCCUAUGGUGCUGUACAUUUAAUUAAACAUAAACAAACACAUGAACGUUAUGCAAUGAAAAAAAUAUCCAAAACAAAUUUAAUUUUGAGAAAUCAAGUUGAACAAGCAUUUGUAGAAAGAGAUAUAAUGACAUUUACUGAUAAUCCGUUCGUUGUUGCACUUAUAUGUACAUUUGAAACGAAAAAACAUUUAUGUAUGGUUAUGGAAUUUGUUGAAGGUGGUGAUGUAGCAACUUUGCUAAAAAAUAUUGGUGGACCAUUAAAUAUUGAUAUAGCAAGAAUGUAUUUUGCUGAAACAACAUUGGCUGUUGAAUAUUUACACUCUUACGGAAUCAUACAUCGAGAUUUAAAACCGGAUAAUUUAUUAAUUACAGCUAUUGGUCAUAUAAAAUUAACCGAUUUUGGUUUAUCUAAAAUUGGUUUGAUGAGCUUAACUACAAAUUUUUAUGAAAAACAUAUUGACAAAGAAACAAAAGCAUUUAAUGAUAAACAAAUAUGUGGUACACCUUCAUACAUUGCUCCAGAAGUUAUUUUAAGACAAGGUUAUGGAAAGCCAGUCGAUUGGUGGAGUAUGGGUAUAAUAUUGUAUGAAUUUUUAAUUGGUGUUCCUCCGUUUACUGGCAAUACGCCUGAUGAUUUAUUUGCCAAUGUGAUUAAUGGUCAAAUAGAAUGGCCAGAAGUCUUAGAGGAAAAUAGUGAUUCAUCGUCAACAGCUAAUACAUCUGAGAUGUUAUGUAGUGAUGCUAAAAAUUUAAUUGAAUGUUUACUAGAACAUGAUCCAUCACAACGUUUAGGUACAUUGGGUUCGUUUGACGUAAAAUCUCAUAUAUUUUUUUCAUGUAUUAAUUGGGAUACGUUGUUGAGAGAAAAAGCCGAUUUUGUUCCCGUAUUAGAGAGUCCAGAUGAUACAUCAUAUUUUGACACAAGAGAAGAUCGAUAUGAACAUAAUUUAUCAAAUUCGGAUAAUGAUGAUGACGAUUCGGAUGUUAUUCAAUCGACAAAAACUAAAAUAGCAGAAACUAUGGAUAAUGAAGCACAAACAAGUAAACAUUUGGGCGUAGGAGGAAAUCUUUUGAGUGGUGGAGAAACAACAGAUUCCGAAAGUUUAUUUGCCUCAUUUUCAUCAUGUUCACUAAGGUAUAUGUCCGAAUUAUCAGCUAGUCAAAAUUUAAAUAACGUAACACCUCAACAAAAUCAUAAUUCAUUACAUCAGAAACAUCAUUCAGUUAAACAAGAUUAUUCAACAACGUCAGAUAUAUCAUCGACAGAUGUUUCAAGAAAAAAUUCAUGCUCAGAAUGUCUUAAUGGUGAGAGUGAUACACAACAAAUUAUAUGUCAACAUCAACAAUUAAAUGCAGUUGGAGAAUUUUUACCUGUACAACGGUCGAUAUCAGCUUCAUCUCAACAGCAACAUCGAACACUUAGUUCCGUACAAUUGCUGCCUAAACAAGCAACGAUAAUCAGAGAUAAUGGUAAUAAGACAGACUUAGAAUCAUCUUUUAUGCCAAAACAAUUUGGCUCCGAUACGUUUGAACCGUCGAUUGGAAUGACAACAGAUGGAGAUAGAGAACAAGACCAACCUGUAUUAGAUAAACUAUUAUGUGAAUUAAAUAAUAAUGUUAAUUCUUCUCGUAAAGACUCAUUACAUUCACAAUCUUCUGCAUCUUCUUCACUAUCAUCUUCACCGAAUCGUUCCUCAUUGACAACUUCGUCAAACACUACUUCUACUGUACCUAGUAAAAAAAAAUCCAAAGCAAUAGUAAAAGACUCGACAACAAAAGAUGUCAAAAGACAACGAAAAAUUUCUAUCAGACUAUCUGAACAUGAUGACAAAUCUUCUAAAACUCAACAUCAUUUAACUUGUGAUUAUGAUGAUAGUGGAGACGACCAAACAAAACCAAAAAAACAUCGCCAUUAUAGAAAACCACAACGACGACUAUCUCCAUUACAAGCCAAACCAUCUUUAAUCCUACCUACUCGAUCUGUUAAUGUAUCAAUUACUAGUCCAUCAGCAAAUCUAACAUCAUUCGAUGUUACAACGUCAGGUGAAGGAAAUACAACGAAUUCAACCACAAGUAAUACAAAAAUUACCGUUUCACCAUCUCCAUCUUAUACGUCCAAAUUAUCAGAAUUAACUACUGCUACCAUUACUAAUCGUCAGCUAUUAUCAUUACCACAAGUACAUAUUUCAAUUGAAAGUGGAGCAACUCAAGAACAGCCAACUGCUGUUACAAUUAAAUCUGAAACAAAGUCAAAUGAACAACAAAAAUUUAAAAAAUCCGCUUCAUCUCAUGCAUUAGUUCCUAAACAACAAAAUCAAUUAACAACAUCAGUACAACAAACUCAAGCAACUUCAAAUAAAUAUAAUCAACAAAAUAAUACCAGAAAAUUUCCUCGGUCAUUAUCAAAAUCAUUUUCGUCAUCCUCCUCAUCCAAUUCAUCAUCACCUUCAUCACAACAUGUUCAUUCUUGGGCAGCACAUCAGGAUCAUGGUCUAAAAGGUUCAACGAUUCAACAACGUCAUAAUACUGUCUCACCAUUAGAACGUGAUGUUCUAUCAACUCCUUUAAAAGAUGUUCUAUUCAUGAAACAUAAUCAACACCAUUUAACAGCAACAACUCCAUCUCCUUUACAAUCCAUUACACAAAAUCUACGUCCUCCAAUUAUAAUUCGUCGGGGACCAAGAAGUUUUGGUUUUACAUUGCGAGCUGUGAAAGUGUUUCAUGGUAAUACGGACUAUUACACUACUCAGCAUGUUGUUGUAGCUGUUGAAGGACCAGCACAAGAAGCUGGUCUGCGUCCUGACGAUGUUAUUACACAUGUGAAUGAACGUCCUGUAGCCGGUCUGUUACAUCCCGAUGUUGUUAAAUUAAUUUUAAAUGGUUCGCCAAAACUAUCUAUCCGAGCGAUACCAUCUUCUGAAACAAAAAUAAGAAGUGGCGGUCGAAGACGAUCACCGUCAAAACAAAAAAUGAGAUAUAAUGAACAUUCUCACAAUCAGAUGCAUUUGCAUGAUCAAAAAAAUAAAAAAACACAAACACAUCAUCAACACCACCAUGAUAUAGCAAAAUCGUCAUCCAUGCGUAUUAGUGGAGCCGGUAAUGGUAAAAAAUAUGCACAAAACAAUUCCUUAUUUCGUCGGUUAAGCGAACGAAAAGUUGCGAGAGAUAUAGAAGCAGCGAUCAAUCAACAACAUCAGGUGAUUGUACCAUCAUCAAUUGUUCCUACAACAUCAUCGAGUACAACAACAGUUACUCCACUUUCAUCCUCUUUACCAUUGCUAUUAUUUGCUUCAUCGUCAGCAACCACAACAAACGACGCGUGUGCGAAUGAAGGACGAUCUCUAUCAUCAUUAUCUUCGCCAUUAAAUAAACACCAUCAUCAUUCAUCGAUUUUAGAUUCAAAUGAAUGGCCACCAUUACAAUCAAUAGGUGCAUCUUGUACUAGUCAAAAAUCAAAAAAAUCCAAUCCUGAACAGUAUUUAUCAUCAUCACUGUCAAAUGAUAAUGAGAAUAACGAUGUAUCACUAAUAAAUUGUUUAUUACCAGCUAUUCGACAAAAUAUAACAACAAAACAAACUAGAAAUUUGCAACAAAUAUCUGUAUCUCCAUUAGCUCGUUAUCAGCCAUUAAAAGAACAACAAAAAUCUUGCGAUACUGAUGAUACGAUAACUCAAACUUCUCCAACUUCUGAAUAUCCAUCUUCCCAUCCUCGACAUCAUCAACUUUGUAAAACAUUAUCUGAACCACAGCGAACUUCUUGUUAUCAUCGAUCAAUAAAUAAUAAAACAACAGCAACAACAACGACAACUACCACCAUGUUGUCGACGUAUCAACAAAAGCCAUCAAUCGAAUUGCGUUCAAUAAAAACAAUUUCUAAUGAAACACUACCAUAUAGAAAGUUAAUAAGCAAUACUAAUAAUAAUAAUCAUUUAAAUUUACCCACUUUUACUCAUCAAAAAACACCAUUAUCCUCUCAACCUUCAUAUAUUUUGAAUGAUACUGUACAUAUAAUGCAACAUAGUAUUUUUAAUUUAACAACAUCUGAUUUUAUUAAUUCACAGAAAAUAAAACCAGAUAUAUCUAAAGAAUUAGAAAAUGUUCAAAAACAUUCUCGCACCUCAUCAACAUCUUCAUCAAGUUCAUCAUCGACUCUAACAAAUGGAACAUCACCAACAAAUGAUUUUAAUCAACAACAUAAACAAAAUUAUUUUCGAUGUAGAAAAACAAAAUUCUUAUAUCGAAAAUGA